AUGUCAACUCCUGCUCUUGUUGAUCAUUCACCCCACCAGCCAGAGCCCUCACCUCCAGUGGCCACUGCUUCUAAUCUCAUUCUUAUCGACAACUACGACUCGUUCACCUGGAAUAUCUAUCAAUACCUAGUACUUGAAGGUGCUACAGUCCAUGUUUUCCGAAACGAUCAAAUCACUAUUGAAGAGCUGGUAAAAAAGAACCCAACUCAGCUUAUCAUCAGCCCCGGUCCAGGCCACCCAUCCACCGACUCCGGUGUCAGCAGAGAUGCCAUCCGACACUUCGCCGGCAAGAUUCCCAUUUUUGGCGUAUGCAUGGGAUUGCAAUGCAUGUUUGACGUAUAUGGUGGCGAGGUCGGAUCUGCCGGCGAAUGGCUACAUGGGAAGACAUCGCCCUUGACCCAUGAUUCCAAGGGCGUUUUUGCCGGACUUGAACAAGAUCUGCCUGUCACUCGAUAUCACUCUUUGGCCGGAGCUCGUGUGACACUGCCCGAUUGCUUGGAGGUGACUUCUUGGGUAGCCAAGGAUGACGGCUCACAAGGCAUCAUUCAAGGUGUCCGCCACAAGAAAUUUGCGAUGGAAGGCGUACAAUUUCACCCCGAGAGCAUUCUUACUGCUCAUGGUCGUACAAUCAUCAAAAAUUUCCUCCACAUGCAAGGCGGCACCUGGGAAGAGAACGCCAAGCUGCAAAAGGCGGCGGCCACAAACGGCACCACUGCAACAGUUGCACCCAAAAAGAACAACAUCCUUCAAAGGAUUUAUGCAAACCGACGAGCUGCUGUAGAGGUUCAAAAACAGAUUCCUUCCCAGAGGAUGUCUGACCUGCAAGCAGCUUAUGACUUGAAUGCAGCUCCUCCCUUGGUACCAUUUGUGGCUCGCCUGAAGCAGACACCAUUUGACGUAGCAUUGAUGGCAGAAAUCAAACGUGGCUCUCCUUCAAAGGGUAUUUUUGCACUUGAAAUCAAUGCGCCAGUGCAGGCCAGAAAGUACGCAUUGGCUGGAGCAAGUGUCAUCUCUGUGCUUACCGAGCCGGAAUGGUUCAAGGGCAGCAUUGAGGACCUACGCGCCGUCCGACAAGUCCUUGAUGGUAUGCCAAAUCGACCUGCCAUCCUGCGAAAGGAGUUUAUCUUUGACGAGUAUCAAAUUCUGGAAGCAAGACUCGCUGGCGCAGACACAGUGCUGCUGAUUGUCAAAAUGCUCGAGACCGAGGUUCUUGAGCGUUUGUACAAGUACUCCAUCUCAUUGGGAAUGGAGCCCUUGGUUGAAGUACAAACUGCAGAGGAAAUGGAAAUUGCUGUCAAGCUUGGCUCGAAAGUCAUUGGCGUCAACAACAGAAACUUGGAAAGCUUCGAAGUGGACAUGGACACAACCGGCCGGCUACGUAAAAUGGUGCCCGAAAACACAUUGAUUUGCGCCCUUUCCGGUAUCAACAGUUACAAAGACGUGCUUGUUUGCAAGAAUGACGGUGUCAACGCCGUUCUUGUUGGCGAGUCAAUCAUGCGGGCACCAGACGCGACAUCGUUUAUCGCAGAGUUAUGCUCAGGGUCCAAACCGGCGGAAAAGAAACGACAGACAAAGCCACUCUUUGUAAAGGUUUGCGGGACUCGAAGCGCGGAGGCAGCAAAGCAAGCCGUGGAUUCCAAAGCUGACUUUGUGGGAAUCAUUUUGGUACCUGGAACCAAGCGAUGCGUCUCGCAUCAGACUGCCUUAGCCAUUUCGGAAGUUGUUCAUUCAGUACAUGACAAUUUGGCAAACAGACCGGAAGAGUCCAUCUCAAAGGACGGUGCCACCGACUUUUUCGCCGCUGCCGAGGCUCGUCUGCAAAGCGCAAGAACGCGGUUGGUGGGAGUCUUCCAAAACCAACCUCUAAAUGAGAUUUUAGAAAAGCAGAGACUAUAUAACCUGGACGCUGUGCAACUCCAUGGAGAGGAACCUCUCGAGUGGGCCAAGAUGAUUCCAGUCCCCGUCAUACGGUCAUUUAAACCGGACCACGUUGGAAUCGGACAACGUGGCUAUCAUACCGUUCCGCUGCUUGAUUCAGGUGCUGGGUCCGGAAAGCUGCUGGAUGUCUCCAAAGUCAAAGACGUGUUGACAAGAGAUCCUGAUCUACGGAUAUUCCUUGCGGGGGGGUUGAGCCCAGAGAACGUUGCUGAAGCCGUCCAUGCGCUUGGAGACCUCAACGAUCGUGUAAUCGGCGUGGAUGUUAGCAGCGGUGUUGAAGAGGACGGAAGACAGAGCCUAACGAAAAUUGAUGCGUUUGUCAAGGCUGGCAAGGCGAUUCGAUAA